CAGCGCCCCCCAGUGGGCGCCAAUGGGAAGGUGGAACAACAGGUAGGCGUCCUCUGACGGCGGCUCUCAAACAGUCAGUUCUGUGCGCCCAAACAAUUGGACCGAGCCGCCGAGGAGACCUGGGGCCUGGAAGUUCGCUCGGUGGGAGCCAGCUUUUCUGGAAACUAUAGGAGGUUUGCACCGCUGCAGCCGGGUGUGUUUAAACCGGGCGGGGAGACGCUCAACGGAGCUGAAGUGAAAGAUUUUCCCCCUCUCAGGAAAUUCGGGAUCAGGUCCAGUCAUAUCAGGAAACAGCGGUGCAACCAAACGCUGAUGAAGCUGUUUUAUCCUCACCCCUGAACUUGGCUCCCCCCCCCCCCCCCCCCCCCCUGCUGGGAGGAAAACCAGGACACUCUUGGUUACACAGCUGAUCCCCAGGAGGUCAGACUCUCACCGACCCAGAUCCCUCCACAGCAGGACAUGGACGUUCUCCGGCGAACUUCUAUGUUCCCCCCGGAGGUCCUGGAUGUCUUCGACCGAUCGCUGACCGAGAAGGAGCUGGUGUCUCAGUCCAAAGCGCUGUGCAGAGACUACAUCCUGUCCAGGCUCAACCAGAACGGGUUGGGAUGGUCCAAAACGGAAAUCAACUUUUCUCCCCCGAAUGCAGCCCUCGCCGAGGUGUCUCUGGUGCUUCUUUGUCUUGGCGAUGAGUUGGAGUGCAUACAGCCCAGUCUGUACAGGAACGUGGCACGGCAGCUUAACAUUUCAGUUGCCAUGGACAACGUGGUUUCGGAUGCCUUCCUCGGCGUGGCGACGGAGAUCUUCGCAGCAGGUAUUACGUGGGGGAAAGUGGUAGCCAUGUACGCAGUAGCUGCAGCCCUGGCGGUGGACUGUGUCAGGCAGGGACAUCCCACCACCGUGCACAUCAUCGUGGACAGCCUUGGACAGUUUGUCCGCAAAUUUCUCGCGUCCUGGCUGAAGAGACGGGGAGGAUGGGCGGAGAUCUCGAAGUGCGUGGUGAAGAUGGACUGCACCCCUGAACGGCCCUGGCUGUCGUCCGUCAUCGAUUCCCUCAAAUAUUUUCUCACCACGGUGUACGUUUACAUCAUGAAGGAGCAGUGACCUGCUCGGACGGAGCGGAGGAGUGGUGAAAAUCCUGGACUUUAAGCUCCGUCUUGUCAAUGGAAGCCAGGACGGAGAUGCUCUUCUGCGCCUGAAGAGGACUGAGCUUUCCCAGCACCUUUGUGUGUGUUGCUGAAUGGCCACCGACAAAUGUCUCAUCAGCAGCGUGUUGUGUUUGGCACAAGCGAGGGAUUACCCUUCGACCAAAGAGUAGUCGCCUUGACGUUUUCAGCGGAGAUCUGAGGAUAACCUUGAUAUUUAACAGCAUGAAUGUGAUUUUUUUUUUUUUUUUUUUUUUUGUUUUCAUACCACACUCCACCUGUUGUGUGCUUUUCCUCACUGCUUGUCGAAGCACAUAAAGCCCGCCUUUCGCUGGUUUAAUGUGAGGCUGCUCUUGCUGCUGAUCUGAGUGAGAUUCGCUCCUAAUAGGGUAUAUAUUUUUGAGAGGAUGAGGCUGUAGGUGAGCUCUGCGUUUACAGAGAAACUGGAGUUUCUGGUGUCUGAAAGGGGUCCUACAGAGGAUCAGAUUUCUGCCCGCUGAGGCCGCCCUCUCUGAGCAGUAUUUGGCCAUAUUAACUGUUUACAUUUCAGGAGAUCAAAUAAUUGUACUUUCACCAAAGCACAAAUGGUGUCUUCCUUUAAAUGUAACUAAAGCUGACAUGGUCAUUUUUUUUUUUUUUUUCGUUUAAACACAACUAGAAAUCUUUUUUUCAGUCAUGCAUUUUUAUUUUUAUUUUUUUUACAAAUAACUUCCAUAGGACUUGAAACAGACUAAAUGUAAGAUUUUUUUUUUAAUCUUUACUGAGUUUUAACCUGUAUAUUUUAUUUAUGAUUUUUAUUUAUGAUUUAUACAUAUUUGGUGAUAACCAACAAAUUAUUCCACUACAGCAUAAAAUUUGCCACUACAGAAAGCACUUCAGGAUGAAUGUGUGCAAUGGGUUCAACGUUCAGUGUUAAUUUUGCUGUGUCUGCUUUUUUUCCUCCCCAAAGCUACAAUAAAUUUCAACAAAUGCUUACAUAUA